AUGGUAUUAGGUGCAGCUGCAAAGACUGGUUCUAGAUUAUUCGCUAGAUAUGAUUUAACAAAUUCCACAUUAAAAAAAGAACGAUUCUCAUUUAGUGCUGCUGUAUUUAUGUCAAUUAUUGGACUCGGUGUCUCACUAUUUAGUACAAAUCAAUUAUUACUUGCUUCUUCAUCAACACGAUCAAUAUUGUCGAAAUCAAAAUGA